AUGGCCCACGCCGCCUCUAAAGACGACCUUCGAGUCAGCACCCUCUUCAACUUCAGCUCGCAUGUCGUACUCGUGACAGGCGGCGCCACAGGCCUCGGCGAAAUGGCCGCGCAGGCCUUUGUGCAAAACGGCGCGCGCGUCUUCAUCGCCUCACGCAAAGAAUCCGAGCUCGCAUCCACAAGCGCGCGCCUCAACGCCCUCGGUCCAGGCAAAUGCGAAUACAUAGUCGCCGACCUCAAAGACAAGGCGGGGUGUCUGGCCCUCUGCGAGGAAAUGAAGAAGCGGACAGACCACCUGACGGUGCUCGUCAACAACUCGGGCGCCAGCUGGGGCGACGACUAUCACAAUUACCCCGAGCACGCAUGGGACAAGCUGUACGCGCUUAAUGUCAAGAGUAUCUUUUAUAUGACGGUGGGGCUCGAGCCGUUGCUGCUCAAAGGCGCCAACGCGGAUACGCCCGGCAGAGUAAUUAAUAUUUCAAGCAUGGCAGGGAUAGCGACCAUGGAUGUCACAACGGGCGAGACUGGCGGGCUGAGUAAACCAGGCACUGGCACUUUUUCAUAUGGUCCAGCAAAGGCGGCGUGCAUUCACCUUACCAAGAUGCAGGCUUCGAAACUCGCGCCCAAGAAUAUCAUGUGCAAUGCUAUUUGUCCCGGUGUCUUUCCCUCGCGGAUGACAAGUUUUGGAUUGGAGAAUUUUGCGGAUUCCCUAACGGCUACACAGCCAACGGGUAGGGUGGGCAAGCCUAGCGAUUUCGCUGGCUUGGUGCUAUUUUUGAGCAGUGCAGGAAGCGCGCAUAUGACGGGCAAUGCUAUCGAGAUUGAUGGUGGUGCGGUCCUGACGGGAUUCAAGAGCAAGGAUGCAAGUCCCGGUAGUAAGUUGUAA